UACUUCUAUGCACGCGUAGAUUUUGACAACCUUAGAAAGACUACAAAACAACUACCUGGCAGCUGUGUCGGAACAAACCUCUCCAGUAAUGCCAGUAACAAGACUACUAUACCCUCUCUACCAGCUGGGAAACCCUCAGCUGAGGAUCUUCAGACCCAGCUGGUUCCUGACCCUGGUGAGGCCCGGGAAGGAGCAGCCUCCUGACACCGUCCAGUUUCGCAUCCCAAUGGAAAUGACCAAGUGUGACGUAAAGAACUACCUGGAGAAGAUCUAUAACGUCCCCAUAGGAGCAGUCCGCACCAGGAUACAGUUUGGCUCCAACAAGAAGAGGAAUCAUCUCAACCAGAAGGUGAAGCAGCCUGACUAUAAAGUAGCCUACGUUCAGCUGGCCCAGGAACAGACGUUCACCUUCCCGGACAUCUUCCCAGAAAAGGAGCGGGCGGCCUCAGAGGGCUCCAUGGACGAGCUGCAGGAGCAGUUCAUGGAGAACGAGAAGCAGAGGCAGAAACUCGACCCCAGGAGAGGAGGGGUCACGGAGUGGUUCGGACUGUGAGACAGCCACCUGACCGUGAACUCUGAGCUGUUUCAUUGGGAGCAACGUGUAUUGAUUCACGCCACUGUUGUGAUGUCACUUCUAUUUCUGUAAGAAAGAAUCACAAGUGUGUAGUAAAGAAGAAUCAGCAUGUGUGUGGGAGACUUGUGUGUGUUUGUGAGGCUUCGGUCCAGUAACCCGAGCCAGAACUGAAACGCAGGAAGGAGAGUGGCCCGGCUCCAUCGUUCAUGAAACCAGCCCAUCGUACAGAAUCACCAUCACCUCAGAUGACCUCCUCUUCUUCCUCCCCCCACCCUUCCUGUUCCACAUCCUUCUCCUUUUACCCCUCCUCUUUGACAACAGUACCUCUGCACCUUUUCUUUCUUUUUCUCGUCUUUCCUUGGGAGUUUCCUUUCCUCCUCGUGUGUCUCCUCUGCUGUCCCUCCUUCACUUUGUCCCUCUCCUACGCUCCUCUUCCUCUACCACGCUGGGGAGGGGUAUGCGGUGGCAUCCCUAGUAGCCCCGACUCUCAGCCAGUUGGAUCAGACUACCUGGACAACCCACAUCCUUUCCUCUUUUAUGAGUUUGCCUUGGAUUAAUUGACCACUUUAGGUAAACAACAAUUGAGUUGUUGUUUCAGCAAAGCAACGACAUGGAAUUUGCCGGAGUGUUUUAUUAUUUUGCGGUAGCACCUCUUGCCAUCAAUCUUGAGAGAUUGUACCCAGUGUUUAUGUGUGUUCGCCUAGCAUGCAGGACUUGCCAGUGAAUCUGUCUAAUUGUAAGUGCUGUUGGAAUAAGAGCUAAUAAAUGGUCACUUGUC